ACGAAGGUCUAUUGGCUCUCGUCGGCCGCCAUCCUUCCAGCUUCCGAGGGUCCUAACACCUGCGGGGGUUGAUCGCCGGGCUACGGACUCUAAAGCAAAGUGUUUAGAACUGUGGUUCCGUGGUUUGGUCCAGCGGUGAAGACGGAGGUCAUCCGUCAGUUGAGCAUUUUUGUCAUCUGCCAACAGUUUUGGCCAGCCAGCUGGUGUGUGGACUGGAGUAAGAAGAAGCUGCUUCUGCCUCUGACUUGGAGGCUCCAUUCUGCGGGAACAAGACAUUUUCUGCAAUAGAAGGAGAGGGUUCCUUGCUUGGGAGAUCAUCGUUCCAGAAGCAGCCUGACCUGAGAUACCUGACCGCAACUUUGGGGCAGGCCCGGAGAGAUAGAAGACAGAGCACACCUUAGAGUUGCUAGCCCUUUCUUAAGAACUGGAGAAAAUGACCAAAGUCCAGGGAUCGUUGUCAUUCGAGGACGUGGCUGUGGGUUUCACCUGGGAGGAGUGGCAGCUACUGGAUGCAUCCCAGAAGGACCUGUACAGGGAUGUCAUGUUGGAGAACUACUACAACCUCGUGUCAGUAGGACAUCAAGCUACCAAACCAGAUUCACUGUUUCAGUGGGAGCGCAGACGACCACCGUGGAGAGCAGAGGGAGCAGCCCCUAGGCACACCUGUCCAGGUGAGAAACCACAUGCAUACAAUGAAAGUGCGACGAAUGCUUGGAAACCCCUUAAGACCAUGCCUCGGAGAACUCACGCAGGAAAGACAUCCCACGAAUGCCGAGAUUGUAAGAGAGCCUUUCCCAGUAAGUUAAAGCUAAUUACUCAUCAGGAAACUCACACAGGAGAGAGACCCUACGGAUGCGGUGAAUGUCAGAGAGCCUUCGUUACAGAGGCAGCGCUCACCUAUCAUCAGAAUACCUGUCACAGAGAAGGGAAAUCCUACAGAUGCAGUAAAUGUGGGAAAGCUUUUCCUUGGAAGUCAAAACUCAUUUUACAUCAUAAGACUCAUUCAGGAGAGAGACCUUUCAGAUGCAGAGUAUGUGAUAAAGCCUUCAUGGUUAGGACGCAUCUCACUGCACAUCAGAGAACUCACACAGGAGAGAAACCAUAUGAAUGCUCAGAUUGUGGGAAAGCCUUCUCAAAAAAGGCUCAGCUCCUGAUUCAUCAGCGAAUUCACAAAGGAGAGAGACCCUAUGGAUGCAGUGAAUGUCAGAGAGCCUUCAUUACAAAGUCAGCUCUCACCUAUCAUCAGAAAACCCGACACAGAGAAGGGAAAUCCUAUGGAUGCAGUAAAUGUGGGAAAACUUUUCCUUGGAAGUCAAAACUCAUUUUACACCAGAGGACUCACUCAGGAGAGAGACCUUUCAGAUGCAGAGCAUGUGAUAAAGCCUUCAUGGUUAGGACGCAUCUCACUGCACAUCAGAGAACUCACACAGGAGAGAAACCAUACGAAUGCUCAGGCUGUGAGAAAGCCUUUGCAAAAAAGGCUCAGCUCUUGAUUCAUCAGCGACUUCACACAGGAGAGAGACCCUAUGGAUGCAGUGAAUGUCAACAGGCCUUCAUCCAGAAGUCAGAUCUCAGUAAUCAUAAGAAAACUCAUCACGCAGAAGGGAAAUCCCAUGAAUGCAGUGAAUGUGGGAAGGUUUUGUCCUCAAAGUCAACGCUCACUAUACAUCGGAGAACCCAUACAGGCGAGAGACCCUUCAGAUGCAGUGUAUGCGAUAAAGCCUUCACAUCAAAGGCACACCUCACUGUACAUGAGAGAACUCACACAGGAGAGAGACCCUAUGGAUGCUUGAAUUGUGAGAAAGCCUUCUCCACUAAGGCACAUCUCAUGAUUCAUCAGCGAAUUCACACAGGUGAGAGGCCGUAUGGCUGUGACGAGUGUCAGCAAGCCUUCAUCCAGAAGUCGGGUCUCACCAACCAUCUGCAGAAUUGUCAUGCCCGAGUGAAAUCGUAUGGAUGCCGUGAAUGCGGGAAGGUUCUGUCGUGUAAGUCGACUCUGGUGAUUCAUCAGAGAACCCACACAGGCGAGAGACCGUUCAAGUGCAGUGUGUGUGAUAAAGCCUUCACAGCUAAAUCCUACCUCACUGUACAUCAGAGAAUCCACACAGGAGAGAAACCGUAUGAAUGCCGUGAUUGCAAGAAAGCAUUUGCGACUCUGUCAACUCUGAUUGGUCACCGGAGAACUCACACAGGAGAGAGGCCCUAUGGAUGCAGUGAAUGUCCAAAAGCCUUCCUUCGGAAGUCAGCCCUAGUUAGUCAUCAGCAAACGCAGCACCCAGGAAAAUCCUCUACCUGAUGACCAUGGGAAUGUAAGAAAGCUCUUUUGAUUAAUCUUACCUGCUCAGAGAAUUCAUACAGAAUAGAAAUGCUAUGUGUGUUGUAAUUACAGUAGACUCUUGUAGGAAGGAAACCUUAGAUGUGGAAUGAAAGUUGUACGUCUUCCAUCUGAAGACAUCCUCUCAUUAUACCUUAGGGAUCUCACCAAAAAAGAAACAUACAUGCAGUUGUCAAAAGACUUUAUUUGAGAGGCACAGGUUAUGCAUUUAGGAGGUGACAACCUGCGGAUGCAGGGAAGGUGGGAAAUUAUUAUUUUUCAAGUCAUGUUUGUUAUGCAUUAGGGUAUUCAUCCAAGAGAGGGACCCUACAGUUGCAGUGAAUGCCAUCAAGCUGGGGGAAAUUACAUCUCAUUGUACACAAAAAUAAAGAUUUCAGGAAUGUGGAGCAUUCCCUAGAAAGUUAAAACUCUUUGAACAUCUUGUAUAGGGGAGAGAGAUCCAUUAGACGCAGUGAAUGUGACAGAAUCUUGCCAGUUAAUGCGUAUCUUCCUUACAUCAGCAAACUCAUGUAGGAGGAAAGCCGUAGUAAAUGAAGUAUAUCCUUCAUCUGGAUGUCACAGAUCAUCCACAAACUCAUGUAACAGGUAAAUCUUUGAAACGGAAUGAGGAACACUUUUGAAAGUGACAUAUUGAACAGCAGGUACUUAAUUCAGGAGAAACUCCAAUGGCUAUAGUUAAAGUCUUCCUUUGGCCACAAAACUCACUGCACAGCAAGAAAGAAACACCACGAGUUGCAGUGAUUGUUUAAAAUGGUUUACUUACAAUUCACAGAACUCCUUAAUUGCCCGCUAACUCACAAAGUAGAAAGACCCUAUUCUCAGACAAGGGAAUAAUUUCUAGAUUCAGUGAAGGUAUAAAAUCCUUAAGGAAUCAUAUCUUUUUUCUACUCUAGUGAACUCAUAUAUCACAGAAAUAUUGUGAUUAUAGUCACGAUCUGUGGAAGAUUGGAUAUCAUUAACCGCCAUAGGCUCUUUUAAAAAAAUUUUUUUGUAUUGAAGUAUAGUUGGUUUAUAAUGUGUUAAUUUCUGGUGUACAGCAUAGUGGUUCAGAUAUAUAUAUAGAUAUAUACACACACACUCCUUUUCAUAUUUUUGCAUUAUAGGCUAUCACAAGGUAUUGAAUAUAGUUCUCUGUGCUCAUAAGCUCUUAAAACUAGAAACAGUUUGCUCCACACAGAGCUUUUAUGAAUACAGUGAAUGUGGCAAAAAGCAUCAAUGGUAAAUGAUAAUUUAUUUUUGUAUUUCAUGGAUUUAUUUCUUCAUAUCUGACUGUAUCUUAAAUUGUGACACAUGUUACAGUUGAUGGAAUGUCAUCAUUUCAUUAUUAAGGGCUUUUCUACAAGUGAUGGUGUUCUGGAUUUGAGUCAUUAAGUAAACUUGGAAACUAUAUAUAGAAUGAAAUAAUUUUAUAAGGGCUUAGCAUAAUUGUUUUAGAGAAUAUCCUACUAUAAAUAUUAGGCAUUUUCACUACAAAUACAAUACUGUUUGAAUAUACAAAAACAAUCAGAACAGGAUCAGAUGAGUGUCAACCAAGGUUUGUCGUGGUUAUGUUGUGGACUACACUACAUAACAUGGACUUUAUGUACUUAAUUUUUAUUUUCGGAAUUUACAGGAAGGAAUGUAAUUUUUAGGGUUUAAUAAAUUCUCAGCAUAGGCACAGAGUGGUGAGUAAUAUAAUCUAAUAUAAAUAGAACUGUUCUAUUUCCUUAUCAAUUAAAAUGCCUUGUAAUAUGUAAUUUGA